AUGGUGGGUGAAGCUGUGCUCCUGCUCGUCGCGCUUGCUUCCGUCUUUUACAGCAUGGCUGGCAAGGGAGGCAAGCAGCAACCCAAAGGAACCCCUAGAGAUAGCGGGAAGACAGGCCCUGGUGGCAAGCAAGCCAGCGUGGCAAGCUUCUUCAAACCUGUAGGAGCGGCCACCCAAACCCAGCCCCACGACCAGCCUACGCCAGUCGUGACACAAGCAACCGCGAUGCAAGCUCAGGGUGGAGCAGCUCAGGGGGUUCCUGAGGCAGCCACCAUUCCAGAUCUAAACGAAAGCCCCGUCGAUCCACCAAUUGUAGAGCAGGUGCAAGGUCUUCCGCCCCUUCCUGCAAGGAGACCAGCUGAGCAGGCUGCAGAGCCCAGUUCCUCCUCUGAUUCGGAAGGCGACCAGGCAAAGAAGAAGAGGAAGAGAACAUUCCAGGUCAAGUGGGUGCUGCCAGAAACACAGGGUGGUUACGGGCUAACCUGGAUUGAAGAUCUGGUCGUUGACAAGAUGACGGGCGCCAGGAGACUUUUCUGCAAGACGUGUCGAGAGGCUAAGCUGAAGAAUGAUUUCACUGAGGGGGGGUCGUCAAGCUACAGGUUGCACACCCUGAGGAAACACGCCAAGAGCGGUGAUCACAGGACGGCACAGGCUGCAGAUGACAGAGUCGCUCGCGCAGGCGCGAUCCACCAAGCGGCUGCAGCGCAAGCAUCUGAGGCGGAGGCCAAGUUGCAUAACAACAUUGCUUUGGCGUACUGGUUGUGUUGGGAGCUCCUGCCUUUCCUGAAAAUGGCGAGUCUGUGUGACCUGUUCAAGCAACGAGGGUUUGACAAGCUGCACCAUAAGCACCAGGCCAGAGACGCAUGCAAGGAGUUCGCUGAAGCUGCAAGCGACGUGCUAUCAGAAGAGGAGUCUGAAGACGUUAAGCGGAGCCCUUUCUUUGGCCUCAUUGUGGACGAGAGCACAUCUAUGUCGGUGGACGAGCACAUGAUCGCGUACGUGGUCUUCAUGAAGGGGGCCACAGUUGUGGUACGUUUUGUGGAGCUCGUUCAAGUUGCGGCGACAACGGCAGUCAGCUUGAAGGCGUCCAUCAUGGAGCUGCUGAAUCGGAGAGGCUGGGACGUGCUCAAAAUGAUGGGCUUCGGGAGUGAUGGUGCUGCGGUAAUGGUUGGCGUGCACGGCGGCGUGUCUACACUCCUGGUCAAAGAGGAGAACCCCUUCAUGACCAGCUCCCACUGCGGUGCUCAUCGAGAGGCGCUGGCUGCUAAGGACGCUGCUGACAGUUGCGCGUACUCCAAGGACUUUGACAACAUCGUCAACUCUCUGGCGGUCUUCUUUGCCCGCUCACCCCAGCGGUCUGCCAAGCUGAAGGAGGUGCAGGCUGAGGUCGGCGACAAAUCUCUUCGGCUUGCUAAGCUGCACAAAGUCCGCUGGCUCUCCCGCUGCCAGGCUGUCCAGAGUAUCUUCCGCUCACACCAUGAGUUGCUAGUCCUCUUCGCUCCCGGUGGCCCCGAGCCUCAUCCCGAGCAUUUCGAGAACCUCUCGUCUUUCCGCUUCAUCUUCGCCCUGUGCUUUCUGGUAGUCCUUCUUGAGCAACUCAGCAUCCUCAACAAAGCAUUCCAGCGCGCUUGGGUAGACCCAACUCAGGUCAAGCAACACGUCGAUUCUACCAUCAGCGCCAUCCAAGAGUACUUCAUAAACACCAGCGACGAGGCGGGUCCGGACGAUCUGCCCGGAGGAUUGGGGUCAGAGGUUAGAUCUUUUUGGUUCAAGUUCUUGGUGUGGAAGGAGGCGGGGUACGUCGACCGGUUCAAGUACAGCGGGUUUGACGUGCGCUUCAGUCCCGAGGGGCCCGUUGCAGACGCGGCGUUUUGCAAGGCUUUCAUGGUGUCCUACGCGAAGGGGGUGGUUAAAAAUCUGCAGGAGAGGUUUCCGGACCGCGCUCUCUUCGAGUCCUUCGCCAUUUUCUCGCCGGCCCAUUACCCGUCGACCUUGGCCCGUCUAUCCGACUGGGGCACGGGGCAUCUUGAGGUGCUCAAGCAGCAGUAUGGAGUUGAGAGAACCGCCCGCGGGGUGGUCUUCGAGCCCAUAGUCGACUGGGAUGCGGUUUUGACCGAGUGGCCGCGUUUCAAGUCGGUGAUCUUUCAGAUGCGCCAAGCUGCCGCCACUAGCGUAGACGGGUUCCCAUCCUUGGACGAGGUCGUCUGCCGACUCUACGGGGACCCUCAUAGCCGGGAGUCCUACCCCAACCUCCUCAAACUCGGUUGCAUAGCACUGGUGCAGGCGUGCUCUAGUGCUGAGGCUGAGAGAGGCUUUUCCUUGAGGACCCUCAUCCAUAGCAAGUUGCGCAAUAGGUUGAAAAUAGGGGCACUAGAUGAUUGCAUGAGGAUUAAGUUAUGCGGUCCAGCGAAGCCCGAUUCCGAGUUCUUGAGCAAGGUGUAUAGGAAGUGGCUGAGCAGGAAGCCUCGUCGAGUAUGGCGGGAUAAUCCGGCUGUGCUCGAGGAGCUUGACUUAUUCCAGUCAGACGACGAAUGUUGA